CUCACUGGGCUCGUGCAUGCAGGGUCCUGGAGCUGAGCAUCUCCUUCCCCAUGGAGUCGGAGCUCACCGUUUCCAUAUUCGACCACGACUUGGUUGGCUCGGACGACCUGAUUGGGGAGACGAAGAUCGACCUGGAGAACCGGUUCUACAGCAAGCACCGGGCGAACUGUGGGGUGGCCUCCCAGUACGACACCGACGGCUACAACGUGUGGCGAGACGCGUUCAAGCCCACCCAGAUCUUGGAGAGUUUGUGCAAGAAGAGCUCGCUCCCCUCCGUAGAGUACAGGCGGGAGGAGGUCAAAGUCAACAGCAAGAUCUUCAAGGUGCCGCCUGAAGCUUUCCCGGCAGAGGCCUUUGUGAAGGACAAGCGCGAGGCGGAGGACGAGGCGUGGGCCACGUACGACGAGCACAAGGCGCUGUAUGUCCUGCAGCACUGGGAGGAGAUGCCAGAGUUCGGCUACAAGCUGGUCCCGGAGCACGUGGAGAUUCGGUCGCUUUACAACCCGGACAACCCGGGGCUGGUGCAGGGCUCCCUCCACAUGUGGAUCGACAUGUUUCCAAAUGACGUCCCAGCACCUCCCCCUGUCAAUAUCAAGCCACGGCUGCCAAUCAGGUACGGGCCUGGGCCACGGGGCCAGAUGGGUCUGUGCGGAGCUGGGCUCCAGCGCCAAGUGCACGUGCUGGGACGCCUGCUCUGGGCCUCUCCAGGGCAGCCCCUGCCAAUCAGCUUCCUCCACAGCUGGAUCAAAGGUCUGGACCACGACAAACAGGAGACCGACGUCCACUUCAACUCCCUGACGGGAGAGGGCAACUUCAACUGGCGCUUCGUGUUCCGCUUCGACUACCUGCCGACCGAGAAGGAGGUCUCCUACAAGAGGAAGGACUCCAUCUUCUCCCUGGAGGAGUCCGAGUUCAGGGAGCCAGCUGUCCUGGUCCUCCAGGUCUGGGACUACGACCGGAUUUCCGCCAAUGACUUCCUAGGCUCCAUUGAACUGAAGCUGAACGACAUGGUGCGGGCAGCCAAGAGCUCGGAGCAGUGCACCAUCAAGAUGGCCAAGGAGAAGGCCACCCCCCGCUUCUCCAUCUUCCGGAACAAGCGGAUGAAGGGCUGGUGGCCCUUCGUCAAACUCAAGGACCAGGAGGACGAGGAGCGGGAGGAGCGGGAGGCCAAGGAGAAGAAGAAGAAGAAGAAGAAGAGGAGGUCGGUGAAGCCAGAAGACGUCGAGUUUACAGACCCCAGCGGGAACAAGUUCAUCCUGACGGGCAAAGUGGAAGCUGAAUUCCAGCUCCUGACUGUGGAGGAGGCUGAGAAGAGCCCCGUUGGCCUGGGCCGAAAAGAGCCUGAACCCUUGGAGAAGCCCAACCGGCCAAAAACCUCCUUCAACUGGUUUGUGAACCCCAUGAAAACCUUCAUCUUCUUUAUCUGGAAGCGGUACAAGAAGUACAUCAUUGCGCUGCUGAUUCUUGCUGUCAUCACCAUCUUCCUGGUCCUCCUGCUCUACACCAUGCCGGGCUACAUCAGCCAGAAGAUCAUCAAUGGCUAAGCGGGGCCAGAGACUGGCCCUCCCGUGCUGCGGAAAUGGACGCUUUGUGCCAAAGACUCUGGACAGUUUGCCGGCGGUGGGGCUCUGUAAACGCUGGCCAGGGAGGAGGGGUAGCAGGAAUCUGCCCUGCUUGGGUAGCCUGGCUCCUGCUUGGACCUUGGGCUGCGGGGGGGUGCUGAGGAGCCCAGGGAUAAGUGGUUGGGCCAGUCGCUUGUCCCCCAGCUGAAGGAAUCUGUUUCCGCUGGGGCUGGCUGUGGGACACUUGCAGCCCCCGUCAGUGCGGUGUCCCCUCUGCAACAGUGAACCCCCAGCAUCUGCCCCGGUCCUUGGAGCGUUUGCCAGGGCUCCCGGCUGGCUCUCCCGGGCUGGUCCGUUCCAUGCUUAGCUCCGCCUGGCUCAGGGCUGGGAAAAGCCCCCCCCACCCCCGCUGUCUGGCUUCCCUCCCCCAGGUGGAGGCAGGAAUUUGCCCGCUGAACUGGGAUGGCCUGGCGGCAGGGGGCUGCCUGGCAGAGCCCACCUGCCCACCCUGCAGGGCCACUUGGGCAGCCGCACGCGGGCGCAUCUCGUGUAGAUGCACCCAGAGGGUGUGAGGGCUGCUGCUUGUCUGGCUCUGUCCCAUCCCCAGGCCAGCUGAGCUAAGCAGCUGAAUUCUGGGGAGCCGCCACUGCCCAGCUUUGCACCCGCGCUGUAACGGGAGGGGCUGUUUGCACGAACGGUGCAGGGGGCUGCGGGGAAUUAAAGAUCCAGACGUC